CCUGAUUGGUUGCCAAUGUGGAUGGCGGGAAUGUGACAUAUCCUCGCCCGCCAGUUUUAGUUGUGGUAUGACUCCAGUGACCAGUGAUACAAGUUUCUGAAGGCUAAUUUUAGUCUCUCAAAGUCACUGUCGAGGUAUAGUCUUGGUGUCAUUCUUCUGCUACUCAAUUUUAAUAUUUGUCUAUUGCAUGUUCGUUUGCCAAAAUCACUGCAUGAACUAAACAAUUUUUAGCAAUAAUAAAGAAUAACUGUAUGGUGAAGACAAGUGUAGCAUUAUUGUGCAAAAGUACUUCAGCGUUGAAGAGACGUAAAUUCUAUGAGACAUCUGAAAAGUGCUUAAAACAAAUUACACAUUUAUACCUAAAUGGUAAAAAUUUAGAUGAACUGGGUCAUGAAAUCGCUCUUUGUCAGUGCCUAACUGUUCUCUACCUAUAUGACAAUAAGUUGAAAUAUAUACCAGAAUACUUAAACUUAUCCCAGUUGACACAUUUAUAUCUUCAAAAUAAUCGCAUAAGUCGUAUAGAAAACUUGAACUCAUUAGAGAAGUUAGAAAAGCUUUUCCUCAGCCGAAAUUGUAUCAGUAUAAUUGAAGGCUUGGAAGGAUUAAUCAGACUGCGAGAAUUACGCAUUGACAACCAAAAUUUGAAUCCAGGCGAAAGUCUAGUCUUUGAUGAUCGUAGUCUGAAUUCUGUAGCAAAUAGUCUUAUAUGCUUGGAUGUGUCAGGUAACAAACUGGACACCCUACAAGAUUUAAGUAAACUUCAUGCCUUAAUCUCUUUGAAUGUAUCGAAUAAUUCCAUACGAUCUAUUCAUGAUCUAUCUACAUCACUGGAUAAAUGGUCAAACCUUAAAGAGUUGCAUAUACAAGGCAAUCCUGUCAUGAAAACAACUCGAGCAAGAGAUAUCAUCAUUGUAACUGCAAAACGUCUAGAAAUUCUGGAUAAUAAGGCGAUAUCUGAACCAAAUAGACAAUUUUUAGAAAAUUGGAACCAGUAUAAGAGUUUUAAUCUCGAAUUAUCAAAAUGUCCUAUGAACAAGCAAAUUACACUUGGUUCGAAACCUGAACUGAUAAACUUAUUACAUCAAUAAUUUAAAAAAGUUUCCUGCAAGUUGUGAAUUGCGACGAGAAUGUACAAUAUAAGUGUUCAUUUGUUUUAAAAAUCUACUUAUGUUUAUUUCACUUGUGAGCUACAUACUGAUUUCAGUCAAUAAAAAUUUAGAUUUAAGCCA